AGGUCUUGCUCGCUAGCUUUCUGCUCUUCAAUCGCUGUGAUUGGUCACGAAAACCCUUAAGAUGAACGCUAACAUCCUCAAGAGCAGCAAGCUUCAGCAAACAGGUGGUCGUAUCCGGGAAGUUCCUCUUACAAACACGGCGUUCCGAAGUGUGGCGCCGUUCCACGUCCCUUGGACCGCCGUCCCUGCCGUCCUGCUGCUACCGAGACCAGCCCCCUUCGUGCGUCGUGUGGUCCCUCAUGCCGCAUCUACUGCGGAGGCCCCGCGCGCCAGCGACAAAAGUUCCCCAAUGGCGGUGUCCGAGAUCGGUCUCGUCGGUCUGGCUGUAAUGGGCCAGAACAUGGCCCUCAACGUUGCCGAGAAAGGCUUCCCGAUUUCGGUGUACAAUCGCAGUUAUGACAAAACCGAGGCCGCUGUGAAGCGUGCGCAAAAAGAGGGCCUCGGCGACAAACUGCGUGGCUAUGAGUCAGUGAAGGAUUUCGUGGCGAGUCUGCAGAAGCCAAGGCGUGUCAUUAUCCUUGUCAAGGCCGGCGCACCGGUCGACCAGACAAUCGAUGCGCUCUGCGAGUACAUGGAGCCGGGUGAUAUUAUUAUCGAUGGUGGCAAUGAAUGGUACGAAAAUACGGAGAAGCGCGUGGCCAAGGUGGCGUCGAAGGGUAUUCUGUACAUGGGCAUGGGCGUCUCUGGCGGCGAGGAGGGCGCUCGCCGGGGCCCCUCCAUGAUGCCCGGGGGUAGUCCCGAGGCGUACACCCACAUCAAGUCAAUCGUGGAGAAGGUGGCGGCACAGGUUGACGACGGCCCCUGCGUUAUGUACAUUGGCGGCGGCGGUGCGGGUAACUUCGUUAAGAUGGUUCACAACGGUAUUGAGUACGGCGAUAUGCAGCUCAUCAGCGAGGCGUACGACGUGUUGAAAACACUUGGUGGUCUCGAUAAUGAGGAGCUGGCGGCGGUGUUCAAGGAAUGGAACCAGGGUGAGCUCAAGUCCUUCCUUGUGGAGAUCAGCGCCAUCAUUAUGAACAAGCCGGACGACCAGGCCCCCGGCUACCUGGUGGACAAGAUUGUGGACCAGACGGGAUCCAAGGGCACGGGCAAGUGGACCGUACAACAGGCAGCUGAGCUGGCAGUGGCAGCGCCCACCAUGGCAUCAGCUCUGGACGCGCGCUACCUCAGUGCGCUGAAGGCCGAGCGCGUGGCGGCAUCCAAGGUGUUCGCCUCGUGCGCCCAGCCGGGUGCUGUGCCCCGAGUGGAUAAGGCCCAGCUUGUGGCGGACGUGCGGGCGGCGCUGUAUGCUAGCAAGAUUUGCUCGUACGCCCAGGGCAUGAACAUCAUCAAGGCCAAGUCCGUGGAGAAGAACUGGAACAUCGACCUGGGGGGUCUGGCAAGGAUCUGGAAAGGCGGCUGCAUCAUUCGCGCCCAGUUCCUGGACCGCAUCCGUCAGGCCUACGAGCGCAACUCGGAGCUGCCCUCGCUGCUGGUGGACCCCGAGUUCGCUAAGGAGCUGGCGGCCGCGGAGGGAGCGUGGAGGCGGGUGGCGGCGCUGGCCGUCACACACGGUGUGCCCAUCCCGUCAAUGACGUCAUCCCUCUCGUACUUUGACACGUACCGGAGGGAGAAGCUGCCUGCCAACCUGGUUCAGGCUCAGCGAGACUUCUUCGGCUCGCACACCUACCAGCGCUUCGACAAGGAGGGCUGGUACCACACGGUCUGGGACGAGACGUUUGGCUCGGCGGACUCCAUCACCACCAGCGGCUACGUCGUGUGA